CCAACCCGUCCCUCGAGCUUCGGCUGCUCUGGCCUUUUCACCCAGGAAUUUUACUGUGGAACCAGCCUGGGGGGAAUUACUUCCCACUUCGUUGUAGUUUGGAGCUAUAAAAUUGAACGAUUAGUCUUACGUAGGGCCAGAGGACGUUCUCAUUGGAUACCAUUUGAGCGGUGGCCGGGAAGAAGGCGGAGCACAAAUCCAGGCGGAAGUAAGGCGUCGCGUCGUUGAUUACGUAAUACUGCUGCGGCCCGACAGUUCCACUGGCUCGCGUGUACGCGGCUGCCAGCUUCCAGUACUUGGUGUUUGGCUCCUCUAUUGCCUGCGAUCCUUGCUCCGAGGCCAGCUACUGCUCAGCUGUCAUCUGAAUAUGGAUUCCGCCAGCCAAGGUGUGGCCCCCCGAACUCCAGCUGUAGAGGGCCUGACAGAGGUGGAGGAAGAAGAGCUUCGGGCUGAGCUUGCUAAGGUGGAAGAAGAAAUUGUCACUCUACGCCAGGUCCUGGCAGCCAAAGAGAGGCACUGUGGAGAGCUGAAAAGGAGGCUGGGCCUCUCUACUUUAGGGGAGCUGAAGCAGAACCUGUCUAGAAGCUGGCAUGAUGUGCAGGUCUCUACUGCCUAUGUGAAAACGUCUGAGAAACUUGGAGAGUGGAAUGAGAAAGUGACCCAGUCUGACCUCUACAAGAAGACUCAAGAAACCCUUUCACAGGCAGGACAGAAGACAUCUGCUGCCUUGUCCACCAUGGGCUCUGCCAUCAGUAGGAAACUCGGAGACAUGAGGGCUCAUCCAUUCUCACACUCCUUUAGCAGCAGCUACUCCAUCCGUCACUCGAUAAGUAUGCCGGCCAUGAGGAACUCUGCAACCUUCAAGUCAUUUGAAGACCGAGUGGGGACCAUAAAGUCUAAGGUUGUGGGUAGCAGAGAGAAUGGCAUCGAUAACCUCCCUUCCUCACCUGGAAGUGGUGAGCAGCCAUUACCGGAUCAUGCCCCUUUCUAAGCUUGUCAUAGCUUAUCAUCCACAGAAUACAGAAGCACACCAUCAUCAUCACAGCUGCAACUCUGCAUGACAGAGCAACCAGCCAGGGCCAGUGAAGAGCUGGUUUUGAAGACAGUCAUAUCCAUCUACAUGCAGAUGUGGCUGCUGCCUUGGCAUGAAUUAGAGAACAGUCUUGUACAUAAAUGUUUUACACUAAAGCUCAUAGAUGAAGCAGAUCAAUGUGCCAUCCUUUCCAGGGCCACAGGAAGUGGACAGGGUGGAAGGGCCCGAGGAGUAUUGAACAGGAGCCCAUGGUCUCACCAGAAUGCUGAGGGAAGAAUUGUCAGGGGUAUUAAGUGAACAUCAUUUCCUUGCCUGCCCUCCUCCCCCUAGCUCAGAAGGAAUACACUCACCUAGGUCAUAUUGCAUGGUAACAGUUUUUCAUAUGGAUUUGAGGAAUGCGAGAGUUCUCUAUUUUCUGAGACCCUAGAAAGGAAACAUAAACUGCUUCAUUCUUAGAGAACAAUCUGGCUUUGGCAGAAGCAAAUCCACUAUUUUUUAAAUGUGAUGGACUUUUCAAAAAUUAAAUAGAAAAAAAGUGAGGCAAAACAACUUUAGCCUCAUUAUUGAGAAAUAUUUCUUUGAAUUCAAGCCUUACAUUGCCUUAUGCUUUAUUUGUUUAUAGUCUUUUAUAUCCCUAUAAAUGAGGGUUCUUUAAUGGGUUAUGAGUACUAUGUAGAGUUUUAUCUCUGGCCCAUCUCAUACUCUGCCAGUACCAGUUAGUGCAUUUUAUUUCUCUAACACUUUCUCCUGGUGUGCAAAACUUGGUUCUUUUGAAGAAUGGCAUUUCCCUGUAGCUUUCCACUCUGCCCACAAGGCUCUUGUGUUUGUGGGUCAGGAGGGCUGAGAGAAGGAAAGAAGCCUCAAUCUUUGGCAUCUUAAUGGGAUGUGCCCUGCACAGUGUUGCUUUACUGACAGUGAGCGGGGCUCUGGUUCAUAGUUCCUGCCUGCCUGUCCAUUACACAAAGAAUAAAUGAAAAGCAGAACCAAUGCUGCAGGUCAGGUAUGGGAUGUGGUUUUGGUUCAGCCAGAACUCUGCUGUCAUCUUUUCUCAGGAGCUACAAAGAUUUCUAAGUUCCCUUCUCCUGCCUCCAAUUGCCACAUUCUGCAUCCUCUCAACGCCAGGGCCCUGAAUGUUGGGAGGCAUGGUCUGGAGGGAGGGGCAACACUGUGCCUUAAUGGCUCUUAGCAGGGCAAAGACUUUGUCUGUUGUGUGCACAUAUCUGCACUCCUUGGAUGAAGUGGGGUCCGUCCAUUUUAGUGUCUGGUUUGAUACAGUGUGAUAUAUCCUUUGAUUAUCAAGAACCUUGAAUACACUUUGAAUACUAUACCACACAAAGCAAAGAACAGUGAGGAACUGGGGAUCUGAAGAAGAGACAUCUUGGUGUUUUUUCUUCCAGGGUUAAAAACAAUACUUGUGUGAGGAGGCAGCUACAGGAGUGCAGGUCACUAUUGUAUCUUCCUACAAAGAAUAACAGGCAACUUGUCAAUAAAGCAUUCCUUUGGAGUAAAAUCCA